AUGGACCUCCUCCGCGAUUUCACCCUCGACAACCCGGCCAUCCCCUGGAAAACCUGGAUCCUCCGCUUCGGCUUCAUCGAAUUCGCCCUCGAGACCUACCUGCUCUACCGCCAGUACUGGGUCCUCUGCAGCGGCAUCGUACCAAAACAACUCGAGAAAGAGAUCGACCAGGACACCUUCGACAAGUCGCAGCGGUACGGACGCGCAAAGGCCAAGUUCGGCGUCAUCAAGAGCGUCUUCUCGCUGGUCAAGAAUGUCUAUGUCAUCCAGAAGGAUCUCCUGCCGUACGCGUGGGAUCUGUCCGCAUGGGUGUUGAGGACGUAUGCGCCAAGGUGGAUGCCGACGGGGGAGAUUGCGACGAGUUUGGUGUUUGUUUUUGGGUUUCAGAUUGUGGAGAUGGUGGUUGAUUUGCCGUUUGGGUUGUGGUAUCAUUUUGUGCUGGAGGAGUCGUUUGGGUUCAAUAAGCAGACGUACAGUCUGUACUUUACCGACAAGCUGAAGGGGAUUGCGCUGAGCAUUGUGUUUGGCGUCCCGAUUGGAGCGGGAUUCCUCAAGAUUAUCCAGUCGACGGGCAAUGCCUUCUUUUUGUAUGUCUGGGUGUUCAUGCUGGCGGUGCAGCUGGUUGGAAUCACGAUCUACCCGACUUUGAUCGUGCCGCUCUUCAACAAGCUCACACCACUGGAACCCGGCGAGCUGAAGGAGCGAGUGGAGGGACUGGCGAAGCGAUUGAACUUCCCUCUCGCCGAGUUGCAAGUCAUCGACGGCUCGAAACGCUCCGCGCAUUCGAACGCUUACUUCACCGGUCUUCCUUUCCUCCCAAAGAAAAUCGUCAUCUACGAUACGUUGCUCGAGAAAGCCGAGACGAAAGAGGUGGAAGCUGUGCUCGCUCAUGAGCUGGGACACUGGAAGAUGGGACACACGAGCAAGUUGCUGGGGAUUUCGUCUGGACAUCUACUCUUCGUGUUUGCGCUCUUCAGCGUCUUCAUCGACAACAAGAGCCUGUACGAGGCGUUUGGCUUCUUCGCGGAGAAGCCGAUUGUUAUUGGCUUCCUGCUGUUCAAUGAUGUGCUCAGUCCGACGGAUGCGCUCGUUAAGUUUGCGAUGAAUGCGUUGACGAGGAAGUUUGAGUUUGAGGCUGAUGAGUUCUCUCAGAGACUGGGCUACGCUAAGGAACUCGCUGGAUCGUUGAUCAAGCUGCAGAUCCAGAAUCUCUCUUCUAUGGACGCCGACCCAUGGUACUCAUCAUACCACUACUCGCACCCCAUCCUGACAGAACGUCUAAAAGCAGUAGGAUGGACAAGCGAGAAGAAAGUCUCAAACGAGAAGCCGAAGAUCGGCGAGAGCGUCGAGGCGAAUGGUGGGUCGAAGAAGGAGUUGUAG